AUGGGAGUACCGGAAUCAGAAAGGGUUACUCGGCCCACGCAGGCCGACGCCCUCGUGCUCGAGGCAUGGGGGCAGGGGUUGUUGGUAGGAGCGCUGUUGGUGAUGUUUGCCAUUACCAUCGCCAACAUGCGAAGGAGGGUUCUGCUACACAAGUUGAUUCUCGCCGAGCUGUUUCUGGCCAUGUUCCACGGAACCUGGAUUUUCGCACACGAGCCCGCGUACGGAUGGUAUCUGUCGGUGACGGCGAUCGGAUUAAACGUCUCCUGGAGUCUGCACAAUGUGAUUGCCUGGAUGAAGAACCGACCGUUUCUGUCCCCGAACGUCUCUCGAUUUUACAUUAUUAGCGUCAUCCUAGUGCAGCCGUACUGGGUUCUGGAGAUUUAUGCGAAUUUCACCUAUUUCAAUAAUAUUAAUCAGGUAUUCCUGAAGACGAGGCCACUCGAGCCUCUAUUUCGUGACCCGUGGUGGUUAUUCACAACGUGCUCGCUAUUCUACGUUAUCAAAAAACAGUACGAUUUCAGCCUUCUGGAGCUCAUCAAAGUCAGCCCACGAUUUGGCGUCAUGCUGCUAUCCAUGUGUCUAUCACUGGCGUUUACCGUGUUCGAUAUUCUGAGUGUGACGGGGGUGUUCUCCUCAGCCCUACCGACGGGUGUUGAGCCAUUCUGGAAGUUAUCAUUUAUAUUCAAAUGCCUCUGCGACACCGUCAUCCUGGACGACUUCAAAACCGCCCUGGACCGCAUGCACGUCUACUGGAUGCGCAGAAUGGACCCCAAUCUCGAUUUAGGAUCCUCUGGAUAUACCUUCUCCUCGAAUAAUCCGCUUUCCUAUCGAGAGGGACGGCGAAAAUCGUCGUUGCGCGACAUUGACUCCGAAGCAGGAACCCUAGAGCUGUCAGUCAUAAACCCGACCACCAAAUAUGCGACUCUUUCGAAUUCGAAAUCGCAUCCCUUCACCACAAUGGAGGACCAGCUAGGCCAACAGCGGUUGGGGUCUUUUGCCCAUGUCAAUUAUGUCGCUCCUCCUCAGCCAACGAGGCAAUCACGCAUAUCCGUCUAG